UCGGACCGCCCACAGGAUCGAGGACAAAAACAAUCGGCAUCUCGCCUUCCUCAGUAAAACAUAAACAAGAAGAUUCAAACGAAUCAGUGUAUCCUUUUUAAGCGGCACGGGCAGCACCGAGGGAGAAAUGGUUUCUCCAGUAACAGUGGUCAAGAGUGAAGGCCCUAAAUUGGUGCCAUUCUUCAAAGCAACCUGUGUAUACUUUGUCCUGUGGCUGCCCACCUCAAGCCCAUCUUGGUUCAGCGCCUUGAUCAAAUGCCUGCCCAUCUUCUGCCUGUGGGUGUUUUUGCUGGCUCAUGGCUUCACCUUUCUCUGUGCUCACUCCAGUGCCCGCAAGAUCUUGGCUGGUCUAAUCUUUUCUGCUCUGGGUGAUGCCUUUCUCAUCUGGCAGGAGCAGGGCUACUUUGUCCAUGGCCUUCUGAUGUUUGCCAUUACCCAUAUACUCUACUCUUCUGCUUUUGGGAUGAAGCCCAUUAACGUGCGUGCUGGGCUGGUGAUCACUGCUGUAUCCUUUCUGUGCUAUAUCCUGCUGUACCCCUACCUCUCUGGCCCCUUCACCUAUUUGGUGGCCGUCUACAUCGCCCUAAUUGGUUUCAUGGGCUGGAGGGCCAUCGCAGGUUUGCAGCUGGCGAAUGACCUGUGGACCUGGACCAAGUUGUCUGCCUGCCUGGGUGCCGUGCUCUUCAUGGUCUCCGACCUCACCAUUGCAGUCAACAAGUUCUGCUUCCCUGUGCCCCAUUCGCGAGCCAUCAUCAUGGCCACCUACUACGCUGCCCAGAUGCUCAUAGCACUGUCAGCUGUUGAGUGCCAGGACGUGGAGGUGGCCAGGAAGAGAACAUGAGUUGCAGCAGUCUCCAAACCAUGUGAUUAUGGACACAUCUCACUGCCAGGUUCCCAGCCCCCAGCCUUCAUCUCAGUGUGGUGCUCAAACACCGCUGGGCCACUACAGCCUUUACAUCACCCUUCUGCCCCAUUAGCGUUGUAAUCUCACAUGUGUCCUCUAACCAAGAAGAUACAGUAGUAUUAUCUUCUGCCUCACCCAACAACAGUCCUACCUGCCUCCUCUAAAGAUAGAAUGGCUUUCAACCUAGUUACAAAGGUGAUAAGUGCAGUAAUAUUAACCUGCUAUGUAGAGAGUAUUACAUACUUUUAACUGGCUAAUGGAAGCAUGUCACUGGGCACCUUCAAGGAGUGUGUAUGGGAGAGCAAUGGGGUCUGUGUGCGUUGAUGUAUUUGAUUUUUACCUCGCUUGGCACACAGUCCUUUCACACACCUCACACUCCCAGCACAGACGUAUGCUUUAUGUUGUCCAGCAUUACUAUUUAACAUUUAGUUUGUUAUUUGUUGUUGUUUAAAAAGGGAGGGUUUUUUUAAUACCGACAUAUACAUAUUUUUUCCAUUCUCUGUUGCUCUGUGUUCCCCUUAAUUAAGGGUGCUAUUCUAAAAGCUUGUCCAAACCUGUUUUCGUUAUCUGCCAUCCCCUUGAUAUUAUUUAUAACAAUCCUGCCCCUCUACACUUUCAUAAGUCAUCAUCAACGUAUUUUUUAAAGUAUUUUUUCUUCCAUGAUGUCCUCGAAUAACUAGAUGCACAGCUUAAAAAAUGAUAAAAAGUAAACCAAUAAGGCUGAAAUUCAGGGAGGGAAAUUUGGGUGUCAACAAACCAGUGUGUACUGUAAGUUUCAUGACUGAACAUUUAUGUUGGAUGGGGAAGAAGUUUAGCUUUCUCCUGAGAUUCACACUGCUGUCAGUGUCCUGCUGUCACAAAGAGAACACACUAAAUACCAUAGUCACAGCAGACUACUGCACACAUUAUUACUUGCUGUGUAGUGUGCACCUGCUUCUCCUUUUGGUGUUAAGUCCACCAGGAAUUUGUUUUCCCCACCAGCAGCUUUUUAAGAAACGCAGGUGCAGAUGUUACCACGUACACACACCUGACACCCACAGCUCCUGCUGUGUUAGUUAUUGGAAAAAGUUCAUGGGGAUCUUAUUGCUAGAAUGGAUCAGCUGACAUGCGCUUAUUUGGCCUAAUAGCAAUGUUAUGAAGACUGAAAAGAAGGGCUAUGUUACAGGAUGGAAUCUUUUUGUUUAUCAACUCUGUGUGUGUCUGUCAGGGCCCUGGGAAAGGGCUCACUCGCUUAUAAUGAAAUGCACGCAUACAUGCACAAAAGUGUGCGCUUUGUCCUUAAGGCAGCCAAAACAAACUGAAAAACCAAAAUGGGGAAAAAAAAUAGGGAAGACAAGGGAACUGGCAUGUCAUGUGAGGAAACAGUUAUCCCAUUAUUCCCAAUAAUUCCCUCUCACAGGACACUUCAUCAGCUUUAAUCCUGCAAAAUCCGCCACAGCUAAUCCCUAACAGGCUGGCUCCUAUUUUGUCUUUCAUCUCUUACAUAUUUCUGCUUCUCACCUCUUGUUUGUUUUGUCCCCUGCAAUUUUUAUUUUAUUUUAAAACUCAGUGUCUUACUGAAUAUUUAAGAAUUACACUGCAACUUUUUCUUCAGAUGUCUACACUUGCACGUGUUUUUGAGCGUCUGCAUAUGUGUGAGAGUGCGUACACUGCUUUUUUUUUUUUUUUUUUUUUUUUUUUUUUUUCUUAGCUGUUGCUUAAACAUCUGUGUGUUCUUGUGGCAAAUCAGAACCAACUCGAGGCCCGAAAUGCUGUGAACCAACAGAGUUUCUAUGAAGUACACACACUACUGGGUAUUUUUAUUGUAUUAUCACAAUGCUCUUAAAACCAUCUUCAUGCCCAUCGCCUCUUCAGAACUGCAGCUUUGUAACAGACUGCAGAUCUACUGUCAGUUAAGAACUUUAGGCUAGUUUAAUAAUGAAACUCUCAGAUGUGAUGCUGUGUAUAUAUUGUUUAUGAAGCAACCGUGGAAAAUACAAGCCCAUGUUAUGGGUUUCUUCUGCUGGGUCAUUGACCCCAACAGCUGUCAGCAGCUACAUGCGCACAAAAACAAAACAUACCACAAAAAACCCCACACACAUUCAAACACUUCAAAAGGUGUUUAGGCAUCACCUUAGCCACCAUGACAGAUCUGCAGGCAGACAAUGGUGUUGACUGUCAUCAAGGUUUUUAUCAAUAUCAGUAUCGCAGUUUUGCUUUGACCAAGAAAGACACUUGGCACAAGUGGCUAUUCUUUCAGCCUGUCACUAUGCUUGUCAGCACAAUGUUUCUGCUUUCAGUCAGAAAUGUUCCAUCAGUCUGGUCGUGUGACCACUUUUCUUCUGUUGCGUGUUUUAAUUUGUCCUCCCAGCACUGCAGACUCUGACUCUGCAGUUCUCUCCCUGUUUUCAUCACCGAUGGAGCACGUUCUGUCAACAAUUAAUAUCGGCCGCCUUUGUGCUAAAAGCCGUCCACCGAAGCUUGAUAGCAGUCUUAAAAGAAAGUGGAGUGCAAGUAGAGAUGCUAGCCAACACAGACUCUAGUACAUGGCCUCAAGUAAACCAUGCAGGGACUUAGUCAAGCAGUCUUACUCAUACUUACUAUGUGGGCAAUUUCUGUGGGCACCUCCUUCUUUGUCCUUUGCUACACAAAGCCUCCUGACUGUUGUUCCUACAGUACAGAGCAUUUAUUUUUGAAAUAUUUCUUCUUGGCCAAACUGUUUCUUCUCUAAAGUAUCUGCUUUUAUUUGAUUUGGGCUCCAGAAACCAAGCUUAAAUUAUAAUUCAAAACUGAACUCAUUUGACUGAGUGGAACUUGUCAACAUUAGAGGUUUCUCAUGUGUCAAACCAGCUGUUGUUGUUUCACAGGUGACAGAAAUCUCCCCCCCCCCCACCACCACCAC